AUGGUGAUCAAAAUACUUCUUCUUGUUGUGGCUGUCUUGGUUUUCGCUGAGGCCAAACUGAAAUAUGGAACUUGCUAUAAACCUAUGAAGAAUUACAAGGGUGUCAAAACAUAUCCUCGACCACACGAAUAUUUGAAUGUUAAAGACUUACCUACAUCUCUGGAUUGGAGAAACCGUAAUGAAUGUGACGAAUUCAACGCCUGUGGAACUUGUACCACAUUUGGAGAAUGUGAACAACUUCAGAAUUAUACUUUAUGGAAAGUUGGUGAUCAUGGUGAAGUCAAACAUAGAGACAAUAUGAUGGCUGAAAUCUAUAAAAAUGGACCAAUCAGUUGUGGUAUAAUGGCAACUGAAGGUUUAGAGAAAUAUCGUGGUGGCGUUUAUUCUGAACAUCAUUUCUUUCCUAUGGUCAACCAUAUAGUAUCUGUCGCUGGAUGGGGAGUAGACCCAGAUAAAGGCGAAUAUUGGAUUGUCAGAAAUUCCUGGGGAGAGCCAUGGGUAAGUCGAUGA